ACGGCACAGUCGGACCCCCCGCCUCUAUAAAACGCCGCACCCGCGCUGUGAGAUUGCAUUCAUCUCCGCACAUCGCCCAUGGCCACUCGCUGGGGAAUCUGCAGCGCCGGCAAAAUCUCUCACGAUUUCAUGGUGGCUCUAAAGACCCUCCCGGCCACCGACCACCAGGCAGUUGCUGUGGCCUCCCGUGACUCCUCGCGAGCUCGCGACUUUGCAGAGCGACACCACAUUCCUAAAUCCUAUGGGUCUUACGUGGAGCUGGCGAACGACCCCAACGUGGACAUUGUCUAUGUGGGGACCAUUAACACCCAGCACCUGAAGGUGGCUCUGCUGAUGUUGGAGGCAGGCAAGAAUGUCCUCUGUGAGAAGCCCAUGGGCAUGAAUGUGAGGGAGGUCCGUAAGAUGAUGUGUACAGCCCGGGACUACAACCGCUUCCUCAUGGAGGGUCUUUGGACAAGGUUUUUCCCAGUCUCCAAUAGGAUUCGAUGUCUACUGUCUCAGAAUAACGUGGGGGAGAUUAAAAUGGUGAGAGCCGAGUUUGGCACAUGGAUGCUGGGGACACCACGGCUGGUGGAGAAGGAGUUAGGUGGAGGAGUACUCUUGGAUAUUGGCUGCUACUGUCUACAGUUUGUCUGCAUGGUGUUCAAUGGUGAGAAGCCAGAUUCUAUUCAUGCCACAGGAUUCCUCACAGAGAAAGGUGUUGAUGAAACAGUGACUAUCAUACUAAAGUACUCCAGGAAACGCAUGGCUAUGGUAACUGUAACUAUGGCGACACAGCUUCCUAACCAGGCAAUCAUCAGUGGUACCAGAGGCACGAUCACGGUGCCAGGCUAUAUGUGGUGCCCUACAAGCCUUGUGGUCAAUGGAGAUGUAGAGGAAUUCCCACUGCCAACUCCACAUCAGCCCCUCAACUUCAUCAACAGUACUGGCCUAAGGUACGAGGCUGAGGAAGUACGGCAGUGUCUUCAGAAAGGACUGAAGGAAUGUCCCCAGCUAACGCUGGCUGACAGUGAGCUGAUCAUCAGCAUUUUGGACGAGGCUCGACAGCAGGUUGGGGUAGAAUACAGUCAGGAUACAGCUUGAAAGCAAAAACCCUGACACCAAUGCCAUUGCAGAUACUAUGUUUGAGUCAAACUGUAUCCAGUACACAUACACAAACCCCUUAAACUAAUCACAUGUCCCUUACAUGGAUUUUCAUUGCAGUCUUCAGAAUAGUGUUGCAACACUCCAGGGUGCAGUUCUGCUUCAAAUAUGUAACCAGAUUAGAAAGAUAGUAUGACCUGAUGAUUGAAUUCAUCACAAUAAACUGU